AUGCCCAUGUUGCUCCCAACUCCAAUCCCCCCUGUCGCCAGGGCGGAUGGCGUCGACCAGCUACCAUCGGGAAGACGAGCAACCAGCAAUCCGGAGCCAAAACGGACAGAGCCGAAGAACCCAGCUCUGAGGAUGGUGAAUAUUGCCAGUCCCUAUGAAACAGUUAGCAUUCAGUCAGCAUUGAGAUACGAGCCCCCCGGAGCCCAAGACACUCACUUUGGCGCGGCCGAGGACAUGGCGUGGAAUGCUUUCAUCAAGUUUGAAAACUUCCGGACUGACAAACGACUCGAGAAUCUUCCCGGCCUUUUUACACUCGCCUAG